CCGCUCGCAACAACCGCGCACGCAGUCCCAUCUCUCGCGCCCAAACGCUCGAAGACUCUCCAUGGAGACGUUUACGCAGGGCGCGCGCAAGGCGCGCGCCACAGACGCGCUCAUGCGCGAUGAAAACGAAGUCGCCCAGCGCAUUCGCAAGGAUCGAUUCAAAACCGUCGUCGUCUUGCUCACGCUCGGCGUCUUCGCCGCCGCGUUCCUGAUGCUGAGCACGACCAACGUCGUCGCGUCACUCGGCGUGCGCGGCGGCGCGGUGAACGCCCUCGGACGCACGCUUCGAACGGGACGACAGGGCGGUCGCGCGCGAUCCGGGGUGUUGGCGGGCCUGGGGUCGUCGCUCGAGCGCGGUCGGUCGGUCAUGGCGCGGUUCGGAGCGCCCGAAUUGAAUACGCCGAUAUUUUUCGUUUCUGUCGGCACGACGGAUGACGAAACGCAGAUGAAGGAUAGCUUGGAACGCAUGCGCGUGAGAUCGGGGUUGGAGCCGGAGACGCUGAAGCGGUUGGUGACGGUUUCUAAAGGCGUCGACGCCACGGCGUGGCCGGAUAACACGCACUUGGUGGAGUAUGCGGUGAAAGAUAUUCGUACGUUAGCCGCCCAGCACGGCAACGUCCUCGCCGAGCUGCCGUGGGUGCAAAUCAUCGAGUUGAGUAAACAAACGCAGGAUGGCAGGUUGCCCGUGGAGUGGCGACGGUUGGCGCAUCACGUCGGUUGCAUGUACGCCCACUUGUUCCAAUGGCAGCUUGUCAAGGAGCAAAAGUUGAAGAAGGCGCUGAUUUUUGAGUCCGACGGCGUGCAACAAACCGAUCUACCCUUCGCUGAGGCGCAGAAAGCGAUCGAUCGCUUACCCGAAGACGCGGAUUUAUUGUUGUUCUCGUUUGGUAACACCCCCGGCGGCGACUUGGUGGACCAGUGGAAAGGCCACGGCGACGACGGCACUCCCGUUGACGUGCACUUAUACAAGUGGAACAAAUGGAACGCCGUCGCGGGGUUACAAUCUUACGUCAUCACCGACAAUUUCGUGCGCAAAGUACAGGAAUACAUCAGCCACAAGGGCGCCGACAUGAUCGACGCGUGGCUGUUGGGCAAGAUGUGCGUCGUCGGUAAGGACAAGGAUUGGAACAUGCGCGGGUUAGGUGAGACGCAAUUCAUGCCCCCGGGGUCGAAACCCAUCUUAAACUGCUACCACGCCACGACGUGGAGUUGAGCGUCGUCAGCGCCGCGAUCAUAGCGACGCGCGUUUGUCUCG